AUGGUAUCUGAAAUGUGACAUAAAUACUGUCCUUUCUGCUCUUCACCAAGUAAAGUGUGACCGGGUGAUACAUUUUGCUCAUUCAUUCCUCUUUGCCACCCUGCCUCCAUACUUCAUAUUUUGGUAACCUUUUGACAGUCAAAAAAGUUACAUGUCAUUUGGACAGUCUGUACAUGUUGUUUGCCAAAGACAACUGUAGUUGGAGCAAGGUUAGAGGGAUAUAGGCAAUAAGAAGGACAAGACAAAGAGUAGAUAAAGAUAUUAGCUUUAUUUUGAGAUGGGGCAUUCCCUGUGAAGAAAAUGAAGAUAUGUUAUGCAAAUAGGUUGUGGCUUCACUGAGCAGACAGAUGGCUUCUGAACAAAGCUGAUGUGACACAUUUCUUAACUUUUUCCCCAAUAUUUUUAAUGGUUGAUAAUCAGGCAUUCAAGACAGUUUUUCGUGGAGAAAGUGGUGAAUUUUUGAUCAUGUGUUGUUUUGGUCCUGUAUUCAUGCUUACUUGAUGAGUGUUCUUCUGCAGCCUAAUGUGGAUCAUGAAUGGGUGAGUGGUGGAGACAGGUUUUGAUGUGGUACUAUUGACCUCAACAAUCAGGAGGUUUCAUUUCUUACUGCCAGGACAGUGGAUUUCAAUGUGUGGUCUGCAAGACUACUGGGUGUCUGUACCCUGUUCCUAAAGACCCAACAGCAGGUAAGUGAGAAAAGUAAACCUCUUGCUGAGAUUGUUUCAUAGUAGCUUGCACCUUCACUGAAACUUUUAGGGGACUACAAGAUGGAAAAAAAAAGAAAACUGCAGAAUACUAAGAAAGCCAGUUACACCUUCUCAGCAAAUGUUUCUGCUCUUGAAGAAGCUAUGGAUUGAUGCAAUCUUUCUUCCAUGCUCUCUACUAUAAGGUCAGUCACUUUUUUUUUCUUCCAACCUGUUCAUUAUCAUAUAAUGGGAAUCUUUCUCACAUUUACUGUUCACUUAAUAAGAGUACAGAAGUGCAAGGUUCUGCUAAUCUGAAUGCAAAUGUCAUCGCUUUUUAUGUGCUCUUGAUGCCAAAGGGCUUGCUUUGGAUGCUCAACACUGUGUCAAACUGUUGACUCAUUCCUGCCCCCAAAAUAACUUGCUUAUGAGUUCAACAGUUGAACCCAGAUACUUUCAAGUCCUAACUGUGUAGUUACGUGUACAUUAAAAGAGAAAAAAUGUAGUAAGUACCUUCUGGGGGAAGGACGUACAUCUAGCACGUUGGGAGACUGAUUUAAUAGGGGCUGUCCUAUAAUUUAAGGAAUGGUCACACAGCAGAAGUAUGAAUUUAAAAAUAGCACUGCACACAGAUUAUGUAAUAGGAUUUUCCGUUACAGCUACUGUGAUCUGAAUUACGUUUAUUUCAAGAGGCAUAAGGUGACAUAGUUCACAGCCCUGGAAUGCAAACCCAGUGUGAAAAGUAGUGGACAAUUAUUCAACAGCUAACUGCACAUAAAAGAUUUCACAGAAAAUAAUUUCUAUAGUUUUAGACGUAACUCUAAUAAGAAAAUUAAUCUAAGGUUAAUUUAGGCCAUGAGUUUGUUUGCUUUUAGGUAAAGCAGUAAUAAACAAUUUCAAACAAUGUACAAUAAUGGUUAUCUAUGGGUAUCUAGAAAGAUUCUGAUAGAAGCAGACAUCCUCCUGUUUUCAUUCCUUUAAUCCAGUGUUUUAUUGCUGGGUGUGCACUACCAAUGCUGGCCACACUCAAAAUGAAUGCCUGGAAAUGUGUCUGGUGCUGAAAAGAAAGUUGUGAAGAGUUCCUAAAAGAUAACAGCUGUUGGUACGUUGAAUCCCAGCACCACGUGCCAAAGAGCGUGCAUAUCUGUGCUGUACAUAACCUGCCUUACCACAGUCCAGGUCGCUGUCUUAGAGCUGUAUCAUGAUGGAGCGGUUCCCUAACACUGAGAUGGCAGCCAGGUGGUAGAUGUACAUGCAAGCAGCCUCUUCCCUGUGCUCAACAAGCAAAAACAUCUGAAAAGGUCAUGAUGUAAGAAAACCACAGUUGCACUGCUGGCAUUUGUAAUUGAGGCACAUUGCUGUACGUACAUAGCAACUGGUAGGCUUUAUGGGUUUAUACCUGGAGCUAUGAGUUUGCUUCUCUGCUAUCAAACCUAGUGGAAUCAGAUUCAUCCCUUGUUCUGUUUUUCAUGUGUGUGUGGGUAGGUAUGUCACUAGCUAUAGUAAGGCUAUGAAAAGGCACCAAGGAGUGUUAUGUCCCGCUACCCAGCGUUUCUUUUAUUUUUCCAUUUGAGGCCCUAAGCUCUUUUCACACUCUGUUGAGUCGCAAUUGACUGUUCCUGAUCUUCACUCACAAAUGAUCUUUUAAUAAAAAAGCGAACAAAGCCAAAGCCAACCUUUGAGCUAUUUCAACAGAUUUUUUCCCCUUGUGGUCUAACCAAAUGAUUUAUUUGCUCUCUGCAGACAUAAAUGACUAGGAGUGUGAAACUCGGCUGGGUCUCCUCCUUAUGCAGAGCUCUUACACCUGCACAGGAGAAUUACCCAUCCAUUUGAAAAUGAGGAUUAUAAAAAGCUGGGAGCGUGCCUGCGUUGGACUAAUUCUAUUUAUUCCUCCACAAAAGCCUUCAUACGUGCUGGCAGAGCAGCAGCCGGCUGUCUCGAGGCACACUCACAGCCCUCUGAGAUGUACCCCAAGUGGUGGGGCGCCAUUUCCUGAUGCAGGAGGUGAAGGAGGCCGCCAUGCUGCCGCUCUGCCUCAGUUCUUCACAGGGGGAGGGCAGGCGCUGAGGGGCAGUUGGGGACUUGGGGGUGGCAUUCCAGGCUUGGGCCCCUCACAAAGUGGGGCAUGGGACAGUGCCAGGCGGUGGCCAUGGGGACACUGCAGGUGCUGGUGCUGCUGCUGGGCCUGGUGGGGUGCCCCACUGCCCGGGGGGGCGAGCCCGGGACGCUGCACAUCACUGGCAUGUGGGUGACGGUGCCGCGGCAGUUGAGCCCCCGCGCCGACACCAACCCCCUGACAGUCUCCUACUGGCUGGAGGUGGACGGGCGGCCGCGGAUCCUGCGCCUGCGGCCCAGGAGGGGCCUGGUCUCCCGGCCCUUCACCUUGGUCACCUAUGGCGAGGAUGGGGCACGCUGGGAGGAGCACCCCUUCGUGCAGGACAACUGCUUCUACCAGGGAGAGGUACAGGGAAGCCCCGGCUCCCUGGUGGCCCUUGGCACCUGUGGCAGGGGCCUCCGUGGGGUGCUGUGGGUGGAAGGUGGCACCUACGAGAUCGAGCCCAUCCCUGACGAUCCGUCUUUUCGGCAUGUCCUCUACCGCAUGGAGGCAGCUGACGACCCCAUGGGCCCCACGUGUGGGCUGACCCCGGAGGAACUGCAGCACCAAAAGGCUUUGCUGCCAUGGCUCCAGGCCCCCUUGGUGGAAGAGGAGUACAUGCUGAAGGAAUGGUGGACGCACAUCAGGUAUGCGAAGAUAGUAGUGGUCGUGGACAACGUGCGGUUUGUGAGGUCGGGCAGGAAUGAAUCCGAAGUCUUGAGGCAAGUCAUAGAAGUCAUCAAUAUUGGGGACUCUCUGUAUGAACAGCUUUCCGUUCAACUGUUCCUUGUGGGACUGGAGAUCUGGACCAAAAGUAAUUUUAUAAACAUUACUAACUCUGUAAACAAGGCACUUGGAGACUUUAACAAAUGGCGAAAAUCAGACCUGUAUCCACGGAUGCGCCACGAUACCGCUCACUUAUUUGCAUAUCAGAGCUUUGGAAAAAGCCUGGGGUUGGCAUUUCUGGCGUCCAUGUGUGAUAGCCAGUGGUCAGCAGCAGUUGAUUCCUUCACCAACAGGAAGUUGUCCUCGUUUAUUAUCACGUUUGUCCAUGAGCUGGGCCAUAAUCUUGGGAUGCGCCAUGACGAACCGUUCUGCAAAUGCAGGCGGAAGAAAUGCAUUAUGUAUGAAAGCGAAGUUGACACCGAUGCGUUCAGUGACUGCAGUUACAAAAACUACUUUGACUUUCUUGGGAGUGGUGCUGGCUGCUUGCGUCAGCCACCGGCACCUGGCAGCUACUACACCUUGAAGCGUGAAUACUGUGGGAAUAAGAUAGUAGAAAGCGGAGAGCAAUGUGACUGUGGUUCACGGUCAAACUGCAGAAAGGAUCCUUGCUGUCACCCUAACUGUACAUUUACUGCAGGUUCCGUUUGUGCUUCUGGAAAAUGUUGCAAGGGCUGUCAGGUCCGUCCAGCAGGAACACUGUGCAGAGCAAGUACUGGCGUCUGCGACCUGCCAGAGUACUGCAACGGGACUUCCCCGUGGUGUCAGCCAGACUUAUAUGUACAAGAUGGAACCCCUUGCAAAGAUGGUUCCUAUUGCUAUCGAGGAAAAUGUUCUUCCCACAGUGAACAAUGCAAGCAUCUCUUUGGCAAACAAGCCAGGGUUGCUCCUUUAGAUUGUUUCAAAGUGAAUACUCUAGGUGACCGGUUUGGAAAUUGUGGUAUUCGUAACAAUAUUCAUUUUAUAAAAUGCAGUGUUGAGAAUAUGUUAUGUGGUAGGAUACAGUGUGAAAACAUACACAGGUUGCCUUUUUUGCAAAACCACAUAACGGUAGUCCAAACCCCUGCUGAAGGUAAAAAGUGUUGGGGUCUUGACUACCACAUAGGGAUGGCUACAUCUGACCUAGGGGCUGUGGAAGAUGGCACGCCAUGUGGUAGUGACAUGCUUUGUAUCAAAAGGACAUGUACCAAUAUGUCCGUGCUGAACUACGACUGUAACAUAACAAAGUGCCAUAACAGAGGAGUGUGUAACAAUCGUAAGAACUGUCACUGCAGGUAUGGAUGGGCUCCUCCAGAUUGUGAGUGGGAAGGAUUUGGAGGUAGCAUUGACAGUGGACCUGCUCCAUCCGAGGAGAUUUUUCAGAGAGCAAAAAUAGGAGUAACAGUAUUUAGCUUUCUUUUUCUCUUUGUCCUUGGAGUUGCCCUUACCAUAUAUUAUAAACAGGAAAUAGGGGAAUGGCUUAGGAGGGAAAGAGUCUGAUUCUAUGGAAGAAGAUAGUAGUUCUUUCAAAGUUGUAGCUGUGGAUGCUCCUGGGAAAAUCUCCAAUUGCCCUUGAGCAGAGCCAGCUGAUAACUCAUCAAAGUAAUUCAACACAUUCUGAAUAGUUAUAAUCUAAUAUAAUUUUAUUAAAUACAGAGUAAAUGUUAUCUUUGUUUAUUUUAAGUUAAUAAAUGCUGGCAUUAAGGUAUGCUAGUUUUUUGAUUUGCACCUUGAGCUCUCAAAGUAGUUAGGCAAACAGUAGGUAUAGAUUUUAUGCUCCAUAUCAACUGUUUACAAAUGUAAACUUUUUAAAACAGGUGUAAAUAAAUGGUUUACUCUACUUUACUCCUUCAUCUAAUGCUUUCUUCAAUUCAGGGAGAGGUGUUUGUGAACAUCUUGCUUCUGUCAGUCAGUAAUAGCCAAAGCGAAAAAAAAAAUGCUCUUGCAGUUUCUUCAUUGAAGAUGCACCUGAAGCGUGCAGGCAGGCUAGAAAUGGAUAUUCUGGUGAGAUGCAGGUAUAUACCUGGCAUAAAACGUUCCAGCUGUUUCCAGGGAGGAACCUUUCAGGAGGAAGGUAGACUGUAGGGAGUGGGUUCUUCGUUUUUUGAGACGGUAGAAAAGUAUUAUCCAGAUCACGCCAGUAAAUGUUACAGUUCUGAACCAUCAGAUAUAUGUCAAAAAUACAGUGACACCAGACCUGACAUUUCACAAGAACAAGUCUGUUUUUUCUGGACACUUCACAAUACCUUGCCUGUAGGUUCUUCUAAUAAGUGCUAUGUAUUUUAUUGUUGCGAAAAAAGAAAAAAAAAGCUGUCUGUGAGACUGUGCAAAUUAACUGAAUUUCUAAAAUACUUGAAACUAUUCUGCAAGCCCCCCCCCCCCCCCAGAAUUCCCGCAAUAUUUGAUAGGUAUUUUAUCUAACUAGCUCAGGAGCUUUCUCUUGCUUUACUAUGUGAUUGCUUUGUAAGCAGUUACCGAAUGUCAUAGCUCUACAGCAUGCUACACAGAAGCAUAUUUUCCAUUUUUUAACAAGAUAUAAAAAUUGUCAAAUUUAUGAAAAAGCAUGGAAAAAGGAUCUGAAAAUACCAAUCAAUGAUUUUAUUAUUGUUAUUAUUAUGUAUAUUAUAGCAAUGUCUAGAUUUUUCCACCAGAUCAGCAUAAAGAGGAAUCUGUAGUCCAGAUUUACAGUGAGAAUUUUAUUCUGAAGGACUGGCAUUUUUGGAUUAAGGGCUAUAAUGCACUUGUCUGCUACCAGAAUGAUUAUAUGUAUUUGGAAAGCAAACCCCAUAUUUUUAGCAAAUGUUCUGUAAAGGCAGGAUAAGUAACACAAUACUCGCAACAUUUGGGAAGAAAGAUGUGGCUACUCUACAAAUAACAAUGGAGAACUCUUGCAGGCUCCCAGGUGCGACACACGCUUUUUGAAUAUGCAUUUUCCUACACAUUUUUAAACAAUUGUGCUUCUCAUCCAAAAAGGCCUGGUUACAUUAUGGUUGGAUGUGAAAUACAAAGAUGUGAUUCAGAGCUUGUUGUGGCUCUUUGUCUAAAGCAAAGGGGUCCUUAAAUUGUUAUCUGUAUUUGCCUGGUGACCUGAGGUAAUGCAUUGUUUGUCCAGCAUGCUACGUCUUAUCUUGGUACAACAUGGAUGGUUUGGGGUAGAUGAAGAAAACUUAGUCCCUGCAUUUAUGCCAAGAGGUGAGAUAACUGCACUUUGACUAGCCCACUGUUUUAUUCCUUA